CAAGUCUGUUAUGACAAUAAUGUUGGGGUCAGUGUUGGCACCGAUUUGCCAGACAUACGAGUGGUGUCUCAUAAGGCUUAUAGUGGCGACGAUCGCGUACUACUACUUUUCGUGGAGGAAUGCCUUCAACUAUUGGAGGGAUCGACACAUAUGUGGUCCAAACCCCAUCCCUAUAUUCGGAAACCUCUUAACUUUAACACUAAAUCCUCGACCAUUAGUGGAGUUGGAGUGGUAUAAGAAAUACGGCAAAAUUUAUGGGACAUACAUAUUAGGGCAGCCCAGGCUAACAGUGGCCGUCCCAGAGCUCAUCAAACAGAUUCUGGUGAAAGAUUUUCACACAUUUCGUAACCGAUCCACGAAAGAGGGCGCCUCCAGUCUGGCGACCACUGAUGACAACUGGCGACGAGUCCGGGUUAUAGUCAGCCCUACCUUCACGUCGGGAAAGAUGAGGCGAAUCGUGGAUAAGGAUGUGUCGAAUGGUAUGAAUGAAGUCGAGUUGAAGCGACUGAUGGGCGCCUACACUAUGGAUGUGAUCGCCAGCUGCGCCUUCGCCACCAAAACCAAUACAUACGCCGACCCUAACAACCCGUUCACUACCAGUGCGUUCACUCUACGCCACAUUCCUGUGUGGAAAGGCGUGUUAGAAAUGUUAUUGCCGUCAGCGAUA